UGCUCGUUCCCAUCACAUUCUGAACUCUCUCCAACGCCCUCCAAUGUAUGCGAUUUUAAGUGCACAGACGGAUUCCUGGCUAUGCCUCCGGAUCAUCCCACGUCAUGCCAAUGCCCUUCUCACUUGACCGUUUGCGACGGCAAGUGUGGGCACUUCCAUGCCGACCAAUGCGCGAAGACGACCCCCCCUUCGCGCCGCCAGAGCGAGCACAAGUGCGCAAAUGGCUUGCAGAUGUGUGGCACUUCUGGUACGAGCAAUGGGAAGAGUUGGGACUGUGUAGACGUCAACACUGACCCUAUGGCCUGUGAUGCAGGUGGAGGAUGCGUUAAGCCCUCUCCCUUCGGUAGCUCGACCACGAAUGGCGUCAAUUGUAAAGAAAUUCCAAACGUCAAGAGUCCCACUUGCAGUAGUGGCAAAUGCGUCGUCCAGGAAUGUGAGGAUGGGUAUAAUCCUACUUCUACAAAUGAUGCGUGUAUCCCUACAUCGAAGGGUCUUCAAGGUCGUUCUACCGGGGUACCACUUAGCACCAGCCUCUGCUGCUGCCUCCGCGUUCACGGCCGACGAACACCCCCGCGAUGA